AGUCAAUAUUCGUGAAUGUUUUGACAAAUGUCAAAAAGGAUGUCAGUAACAAGAAUAUUUUGUAAAGCGUUUAUUUUCUGCUUCUAUUGACGAAUUUUCCGCAUUUUUUUGGUGAAUAAUUUUUAUUCCCUGUUCCCAUUGCCCGACAUUGUGCAAGAACAGAUUAUUCUCGCGAAUGACAAGCUAGUGAACGCAUUUACCGUGAUCUGGAACUACAACAAAACUGACCCCAAAUAUUAUUUUGACACGAGUUCAGGAAAGAGCAAGCAGAAUCUGAGAAUUGUGUUAUACUAAUUAGAAUUGUAUUAUACUAAUCACAAUAUUAAUAUUACAAUCGUCGAAUGUGCAUAUUAAGUUAUUGUGAUAAUAGUGUGCGAUAUUUGUUAUUAACAUGCAAAAUCAAACCCAGGAAACCGUGACGUUGCUCCUCGAAAACAAGCGAUUUAAAAUUGACAAGAAAAAACUGAUCAAGGAGAGUCGAUAUUUUGCUACGCUUCUCUCUAAAUCUUAUGCAGAUCAUCGUUUAUCAGAACAUUUUAUCAACUAUGAAAUUCCAUUGAUUUCCUUCCAGGAUUUUAUCAAAUGGAUUAACAGUGAUAAACAUAAUACUAUCAAACUGAACUUUGAGAGAAAUGAUCUUGGACGUCUUUUGACAUUAUUGGAAUUAAGCGUUUUGUUCGCAGUAGAUAAUUUAAUAGAAAGUAUAACAGAAAUUCUCGAGAAAUACCAUUUAUUACCACAAGAUGUACUUAAUAUUUGGUUGUUGGCACAAGAAUUAGGCGUUAAAACAUUACAAGAUCUUUGUUUGGCUGUUUGUUUAGAUCGUUUCACUGAACUGCCAAGAAAUUUGAUUUUUAAGCUAUCAAGGCAAAAUUUUUUAAGAUUAGUUGGAAACAGUAAUCUAAGAGUUCCGGAUGAAUCAGAAUUGUAUUUGAAUCCUGUUGUGACAGAAUGGAUGCAAAUUAAUCGGGAUACAAUUCCAUUGGAUAUUUUAAAGAAGACUGGACCAAAAGUAUAUUCAAGUAUUAUCUGCUAUGGUUCUAAUUCUUCUGUUAAUAAUGAAUGUUACAUUCAUUGUUGGGAUGGUGAUAAACUCUUUGAACUUACUACAUUUAAAUAUCCUGAAGCUAUUAUCAAUAAUAAUACAAUAACAGGAAUGCAGAUUACUCCCAGAGGACAUCAUUUAUAUCUUAGCGGCGGAGAAUUUGGCAUUGGCACAGGGAGAUUUAACACACAUGUGUGGCGUUAUUCUCUGAUAACUAAGAGAUGGUUUUUAGAGACAAUUAUGCCAUGUGCAAGAAGACAUAUGAUCGCCGCAUUUCUGCAGAAUAAAUUAUUACUCGCAGGUGGAGUAGGACAUUUUCGCUGUAAAUUACGAUCUCUGGAUAUCUACAAUGUCCAUAAAGGUACAUGGGUUAAAGGUGCGGUUUUACCCAUGGAAUUCGUCAGUAUCCCUGCUUAUUAUGCUUUUGAUAAAAAACUAAUUAUAUAUAUUCAUAAUAUUAAGGCAGGAGUAUUACCUUUUGUACAUAUAUAUUUUUGUGACUCUGAUGAAUGGUAUACAAUGCCAUUAAUAAUAGAUUAUGAUCUACGAUUAGACAUGUGUGAACUCUUCGAGACUAUGCCAAUAAAGUUUAAGACUGCUUUGUGUUACAUCGAUAAUAAUAAGCCAAACAGAAUCAAUUUAAGAAGUAUUAUAAUAACAUGCGACAAUUUAGAAUAUCGUCAGGAAAUAUGUAAGAAAAUUAACAUUUCUAGUGACCAAGAUGUUAGUCGAGUAUAUUUUUACCUUAUAUUAUCACACACUGAUUUAUACGAGAACAAUGUGUUAAUAUGUUUGAAAAACAAUAAGUGUAUAUUAUUAUGUUUGGGCGCAAAAAAGGAAAGGUUACCAUGGCAUAGUAUUCCUAUACAGAAUCGAGAUAAGUUUUAUUCCCUUUUGCACUCAGAUACAAUCUUUUUUAAUUUGAUGGAUCCAGCUAAUUUGCACGUUAUGUCGGUGACAAACUUAGAGUGUACAACUUGACACAUAUAAAUCUUCGUGAAUUAAAUGUUUAAUGAUUAAACACAGAAGCAUAUGAGUAGGAGUAAAGAUCUAAGAAAAUCCAAGAAAAAUGCAGCAAAAACAUUGCAGAAAUAUUGCAUUGAAAAAAUCAUGAUCUGUGUAUUUUUCGAAAAAAUUAAUUUGGCUUAAUUUUUAUCCAUAACAUUUUCUCUUUUCACGAAUUAUCAUAUUCAAAAAUCUUCAUAAAUAAAUCGUGUAACACAUUGAUCCCAUCAGAAAUGUUUUUUGUAUAUAAAUUUUGU